AUGUCAACCAAGGUUGAAGUGUCCAAGACAGCCUCAUAUGUGAUGUGUGACUUAUGUGUGGAGGGGGAAACCCUGGCACUGAAGACAUGUUUGAAAUGUGAAGUUUCCAUGUGUGCUCUGCACCUGCAACCCCACCUGACUUCUCCAGUGCUGCUGCAAACCCAUCCUUUAACCAAGCCUGUGCUUCCAGCCUCUACUGGUCAAGUAGUCAGCAGAUGCUCAGCUCACGGCAAGCUAGUGGAAUACUACUGUCUGGAUGAUCAUGUGCUGGUAUGCAUGUCUUGUGCAAUUGAGGACGGACAUCGCCUACAUAACAUGAAGACACUACAGACUGCCCAUAAGGACCUGGUGGGUAAACUGAGGGAAGAGUUUAAGGCGCUGGCUGAGAGGCAGGAUCAGGCAAAUAAUCUGGAAAGUUGGAACAAGGGCCAAAGGCAGAUUCUGGAGAACUCUGUUAGUCAGCUAGUAAAGACUGGAUCGCUCCUGAAAGAUCAGGUCUUCACAAGUUUACAAACCUCAGUUUCAGCCAGACUAGGGGCACUUCACACUGCCCAGCAAGCUGUCAGUUCUGCUCUAAAGGAAGAGGAUCAUUUCAUCUUCUUGCAGAGAUUUUCCAGUGUGCACAAGGCUCUAGAGGAGGCUCGCAUGGUGGAUCUGAGGCAGGGUUUGGAGUCAAAAACUGCUCGCAUUCAAUUAGUUGAGGAGAUCAGAAAGAAUGCACAAAUCAUUGAGGAGCAGGUGGACAAACUCCAGGGAAAGUUUCUUGCUUUUAUUGAUCCAGAAAACCACCCAGUCCCUCAGUAUGAAUCGAAUCCUGUCUCAGAGAUGGCCUUUGACCCAAAGACUCUUGGGUCUGGGAUGACUCUUUCUAAAGACCUUAAAACUUUGUUCUACAACUUCUCCCCCACAAACCCGACCCAGCCUAAUAGAGCAUCACAUGGGAUGCAGACAAUUCGCUGUCUUCAAACAAAUGAAAGCAGUUUGCGCUGGUUCCUUCGACUCUCUGAACACUGUGACUGGACAAUUGGGCUUUGUAACAAAAGCGCCACCAACGGGAAUUAUUCUGAUGUCUACGGACUGAAGAUUAAGAACAAAACAAUCUCAUCUUUGCACACAAUAUAUGACUCUCAAUCGAAUUAUUACAAUUCGUUGCAUAGAUAUACAGAGACUGUUACAGUGCCAUGUGAAUUCCAAGCUACUUUUCCAUGGAAGCUGGAAGUGAUCUGGGACUGUACUUCAAAUAUACUAACCAUUUACAGCAGAAACAAACUGACCAAAGGAUUCUUACUGUAUAAACACAAACUAGAUUACACCAGAGGGCUUUGUCCCUUUAUUACCUUGGAAAACAUCACAUCUAAUUUACAAGACAGCAGAAACUUGAACCAACAAAUGAUACCAGACCAAACCACUUAUGGCCAUUCAUAUACGGAAAUACUGUGUAUACUAAACAACAAUUGA